AAAAAGAAAAAGAAAACUAAGCUUGAGCAGUAAGCAGAAGGAAAAGCAGGGUUUUAAUUUCUCCCUAGUCCAAUCCAGUAAGAAUCAAAAGAAAGAUCAGAAAAAAUGGAGUGGAAUGAUGGUCAUAAUCAUAAUAACUCUUCUAACGUAACCCACACUCACCACCACCACCGUAGAAACGAAGACGAAGAAUACCCUCCACCUGGAAACAACAACAACUUCUCUCCUUUCAACAACCACCACCAACAACCACCCAUCUACACCGACUCAUACCCACCGCCACAAGAAACACAAGUCUUCCACUCAUCUCACGUCUCAUCAGGACACGUGUCCCAUGACAACUACAAUCACUCACCCCCUCAUCAUCAACAACCUGCCUUCACUCCCAACUACGGAUACGCACCUCCACCCCCAUCCGCACCUCAUCACACCUCCCCUCCAUUCUCAAACACUUCCGUCCACCACGUUUCUCAUGAAAUCCACGAUCCUCAUUUUCCUACCACCGCUGUUCACCAUGUCGACCAUCAGGUUAACACUGCUCCUUAUCCUCCUCCUCCUACUCUCUCCUCCAACAAACCAACUUUCAAGGUUGUCACCAAAGCUUCCCCAAAUUACUCGCUCACCAUCCGUCGCGGCGAUGUUGUUCUCGCACCUUCCGAUCCCACCGAUCAGUAUCAGCAUUGGUACAAGGAUGAGAAGUGGAGUACUAGGGUGAAGGAUAAAGAGGGUUGUCAUGCUUUUUCUCUUGUCAACAAGGUCACUGGGGAGGCAAUUAAGCAUUCCAUUGGUAGUAGCCAUCCAGUUCGGCUGGUCCGUUACAAUCCAGACUAUCUUGAUCAGUCUAUUCUGUGGUCUGAGAGCAGGGACAUCUGUGGUGGCUUCAGAGCUGUAAGGAUGGUCAACAAUAUUCAACUUAACAUGGAUGCCUUUCACGGCAAUGAAGGUGUACAUGAUGGCACUACUGUUGUCCUCUGGGAGUGGAACAGUGGUGAUAACCAGCAGUGGAAGAUCUUGCCCUACUGAGUAUAAUUGAAGGCAGUGUCGAUGAGUUUGAUGAUUCAUUAUCUCUUUAUCUAUAAGUUGAGAGGACUAUUGUAUCUUUUGUGUGAGUCGUUUGUGUCUAUUUGUUUAACUUGCAUGUGUUUCAACAUUUAUAAAUGGUUUGCAGUUCAGGUAUUGGUACCAUGCAACCAGUUAUUGGAAGUGUACUUUGAGACAGUUUGUCGGACAAAAUAUUGGGUUUAGCAUAGUCCUGAUAUUUACUUCUAGAUCUGGUGUGAAUUUGUGUUUUUUUGGAUUUAA